CUCAACCAGAAUCCUGUGACAGCUGACAGCUCAAUAAUAAUAUUUUUGUAAUAAUCAACUUUAGAACCUUCAGUAUUCAAGGAGUCAGGCGAUAUCCUUCUGUUCCUUGUGUUACUCAGCUUUUGACGGAAAUAAUAGUAUCCUUCCUUGUUUAAAUUCUGUUGAACAUUCAUUUCCACGUUUCUUACUAAACUGACCUACUGACUGCAAUUCAAUAAUAUUAAUUUUGUUGAUUCUUAAGAAAGUUUGAAUUUUAAGAAAUUCCAGCAUCACCAAAAAUGGAAACAGAAUGCAAAAUAAUCCCAGAUUCACUUGAGAACACUCACAACAGAGUAAAGAUUGAAUUAGAAGAAAUCGAUGAAGAUGAUGUUAGGAUGGAAAAAUUAUUAUUUGACCAUGAUGUUCAAUAUAAAACUGAUGGGGAGCAUAUUGAAGAUAAAAAGAUUAAAAGUAUGGAUAUUGUUGAUGAGUACAUCGAUGAAAAUGGUAUAAAAUCGUCUUUUACAUAUGGGACAGGUGAAAUUAAAAGAGAAUAUAGUUUAGAUGAAAAUAAUACAUCUAAAGAUGCUGUAAAAAUUGAACCCUUGAGCAAUGAACAUCCUUCUGCAACUCAUAAAGAACAAAUCAAGCACAAUAUAGAUGAUAUUAAUUUGGAUGAACGAAAACAUGAGUGUCCAUUUUGUGAUUAUGCUUCAACUAGAAAUUUCAACCUGAAAAAGCACAUAGAUGUUAUUCAUUUGAAUCAACGUGAACAUAAAUGUCAGUUUUGUGACUACGCCUCUGCUUAUAAAAUACAUCUCAAACACCACAUGAAAUUUGUCCAUUUGAAUGAAAAGGAGCAUAAAUGCCACCUUUGUGAAUAUGCUACAUCAAGAUUGUUUAUUCUGAAAAAUCAUAUAGUUUCUGUUCAUUUGAAUGAACAAGUACAUAAAUGUCAUUUAUGUGAGUUUACUACUGCUUAUAGCAAAAACCUCAAGACUCACAUAGAUUCUAUCCAUUUAAAGAAAAGAGGAUUUAAAUGUAAUUUAUGUGAGUUCGCUACUGCUUAUAAUGGAAACCUUAAGAAUCAUAUAGAUUCUGUUCAUUUAAAGAAAAGAGGAUAUAAAUGUCACUUAUGUGAGUAUGAUGCAAAGGAAAAAAGUCAUCUUAAAAAACAUAUAGAUUCUGUUCAUUUGAAAAAAAAAGAUCAUAAAUGCCACUUAUGUGAGUAUGCUGCAAAAGAAAAAGGCCAUCUUAAAAUACAUAUAGAUGCUGUUCAUUUGAAAAAAAAAGAUCAUAAAUGCCACUUAUGUGAGUAUGCUUGUAAUUGUAAAGGAAACCUCAAGAAACAUAUAAAUCGCAUUCAUUUGAAUAAAAAAGAAUUGAAAUGUGACUGAUAUAAAUAUGCUUCCUACUAGGAAAGAGAUUUCAAAAUUCACAUGGAAUCUGUGCAUUUAAAUGAAAAAAACCAUAAAUGCCACCAUUGUGAAUAUUGUACAACGAGAAAAUUUGUUCUCAAAAAGCAUAUAGAUGCUGUUCAUUUCGAUGAAAAAUUAUAUAAAUGUCACUUAUGCGAAUAUGCUACUUUUUAUAAGGGAAUUUUCAAGAGUCAUAUAGAAUCUUUCCACUUGAUUAAAAGAGUUAAAUGUCACUUAUGUGAGUUUGCAUCUACUCAAAAAACAAACCUCAAGAAAUAUGUAGAUGCAGUUCAUUUCAAUAAAAAAAGCAUAUAAAUGUCACUCAUGUGAGUUUGUUUCUCCUUUGGAAAAAAUGCUCAAUGGUUAUAUAGCUGCAGUCCAUUUAAUACAGGAAAACAUACAUAAAUGCCAAUCUCAUGUUAUCUUCAAAUCUUCUGAGAUCAGAUAGCCAACUGACAGGAUGUUUAACUCCUCUAUUAUUAUGUUAUUAUUAAGAAAAAACCUCAAUUAUUUCUAUAGGAUAAUCAUAGAAUUUAAUAAUGAUGAUAUAUUCUUGGUAUAUAUCAUUUUUCUCUAUAACUACAUUAAAAUUUGCAAGAUGAAUAUUUUUUCAAGAUCAUUAUAUUAAUAAAUUAUUGUUUACACUUC